GAGACCCGGUGGAGGAUGAUGCUAACACCGGCUGAGUGGGGCUGUCUCCGGGGGCUUAUGUACCAGGUAGCAGCGGUGCCGGUGUAAAAUGCACCGGAGCGGACCGGCUGUGCAGGUCGGCCUUGCUGAGCUCGGCGGCUGCGGCUCCUCUUCGCCUCUCCCGUUUCUCUCCUAGGACUUUUUAUUAGAGCGUUUUUAUUUCCAGGUCAAAAUCUCCGUUUCCUGUGCGGCUUGUUUGUACUAAAAAUGGCCGGAGAUGGCGGCGCUCUGAAGGAUAUCAAUGAGAUUAAAUCCCAGUUCCGGACCAGAGAGGGGUUCUACAAGCUGCUCACCCUCUCCGACUCGCUGCAGCGGGGCGGGCUGCCGCGGGGGCCGUCCGCCGGAGCCACGCUGGGCCCCGGCGCCGGACCCGGUCCGAUACCCGGUGGAGGGGUCGGGCUGCUGCAGGGGCCCGGGGCUGCAGCCGCCGCCGCUGCUGCCGCCGCCGCCGCCUCUUCCUCCUCCAAUGCCGCAGCCAACUCCUCUCCGGCGGGCUUCCUGCCGCCGGUCCGGGUCUCCAUGGUGAAGCUGCAGCCCGAAGACCCGAGCGAGGAGUCGGAGCGGGUGUGCUUCAACAUCGGCAGGGAGCUGUAUUUUUACACGUACACCAACAUCAAGAAGGCUGUGGACCUCAGUAAGCCCAUAGACAAGAGGAUCUACAAGGGGACUCAGCCCACGUGUCACGACUUCAACCAGUACUCGGCCACAGCAGAGAGCGUCGCUCUCAUCGUGGGUUUCUCGGCCGGACAGGUUCAGUAUCUCGACCCCAUCAAGAAGGAAACCAGUAAACUCUUCAAUGAGGAGAGGUUGAUAGACAAAUCCAAGGUGACAUGUCUAAAAUGGCUUCCCAAGUCAGAGAACCUGUUCCUGGCCUCCCACGCCAGUGGUCACCUCUACCUCUACAAUGUGGACCACCCGUGCGGCACCACGGCCCCACAGUACUCUCUGUUGCGGCAGGGCGAAGGCUUCGCCGUCUACGCCUGCAAAACCAAGACGCCGCGCAACCCUCUGCUGCGAUGGGCUGUGGGGGAGGGAGGCCUCAACGAGUUUGCGUUCUCCCCAGACGGCGUGCACGUGGCGUGCGUGGGUCAGGACGGAUGCCUGCGCGUCUUCCACUUUGAUUCGAUGGAGCUGCAGGGCGUGAUGAAGAGCUACUUUGGCGGGCUGCUCUGCGUGUCGUGGAGCCCCGACGGGAAAUAUCUCGCCACAGGCGGAGAGGAUGAUCUGGUCACUGUGUGGUCUUUUGCAGAAAGCCGAGUGGUAGCGAGGGGGCACGGCCACAAAUCCUGGGUCAACGUGGUGGCGUUUGAUCCCUUCACGACUUCCCUGGAAGAUGACGAGCCUAUGGAGCUCAGUGGGAGCGAGGAGGACCUCCACCAGGGGGCGCAAAAUAACUCCAUGCACUUUGGCCGGGUUCGAACAAGCAGCACAUUGUCGCGUCUGUCUCGGCACAGCUCGAAAGGCGGCGGCUCGCCAUCGGUCACCUACCGGUUUGGCUCGGUGGGGCAGGAUACCCAGUUCUGUCUGUGGGACCUGACGGAUGACGUGUUGUACCCUCGCCUGCCGCUGUCCCGCGCCUUUACUAACACUUUUGGGCCUUCGCUGUCCAACUCUGGCAGCGGGGGGGUCAACAGCACCUCAGGUGGGGGAGGAAGCGGAGGUGUUGAGGGACACCAUCAUCCCCCGAACACUAACACCGGAGCCUCCAACCCACCGACGCUCCCAUUACCGCUUCCUCGCUCCCUUUCACGCUCCAACUCUUUGCCCCACCCCGCUGUGGCAAACGCCUCCAAGGGCCAGGGUGCCUCAGAGGGGGGUGGGGGAGGAGGAGGAGGGGGAGGGAGUAGCGCCGGGGGGAACAGCACCCCGUUCAGCAUUGGCCGCUUUGCCACCCUGUCCCUACAGGAGCGCAAGUCGGAUAAGUCCGGUGGCAGCGGAGGCGUAGAGAAGGAGCACAAGCGGUACCACAGCCUGGGCAACAUCAGCAAAAGUAACGACAAGAUCAACGUGGCGCCGAGGAGCAACCGGCUGGACGCCGCCAAGGUGCUGGGCACCACGCUGUGCCCACGCAUGCACGAAGUGCCGCUGCUGGAGCCGCUGGUCUGUAAGAAGAUUGCACACGAGAGGCUGACCGUCCUGGUGUUCAUGGACGACUGCAUCAUCACGGCCUGCCAAGAGGGUCUCAUCUGCACCUGGGCACGGCCGGGGAAGGCGAACCUGACAGCACAGAACGGGAACUCUCCGAGCGGCACGGUGGUAUAGCUGGAGGAGAAGCUUUGCACUCACCCCUCCCUCCAUCUUCCCCCUCGUCGUCGUCGUCCUCUCUGUCUCACGCCUUUCCCUUCCACUCACAAACAUGUCAGAACUUGGGGCCAACAACCAGAGACUGUACCUGACCUACCACUGCAGUAUUAACCCUCAGUAUAUCUCUCUGUACUCACCUUCACCCACAGGUGGGAAACUCCUCCUGAAUCAUUCCACAUUUGGGAAGUCUUGGGAACAGAUUACACUUUGAAUAUAGCACCGAUUCACUCUGUGACGCCUCGAUGGCAUUUUCUCCUUUAUCCUCUGGGGAAGGUGAGGAAAGGCCGGGCGUGGUUUCGGAAGCGCAGCGUCAGUGUUAGAGGCCACUGAUACUGUUACAGCUGCAGGAUCUGACACAUACAGGUGGAAUGUUCAGGUGUAUUUUUGACCAUGUGAUGGACCUUAAAGCCAGCUUUGUUAGAAACAUUCAGGUUUCACAGCUUGUUCUGCUGAUCUUCGGUCUGUGCGGCCCCAUUAAAAGCUCCAAUACGUUUCUUCCACUGUAAUCAGGUGGAAGCUUUGGCCCAUAAAAAUGAAACAUUUGGUUUAAAUUUUUAAUAAACUGGAUCAGUGGUUUUAAAAAAGGGUUUACAUUUGGCAGAUCUCCCCUGCAGGGUAGUCUCUUUGGGCGGUGCUUUAUUUCUGUGGAAAUCGUCUCCAGUUCUUUCAGCGUGAUUUCCAAUUAGCAGAAGUGGGCGGAGUCGCAGGGAGUCGGUGAUGAGCAAAGAUGAUGAUCUGUGGCUAAAAUGCUCCACCCCUUUUCACUGGGAGUGUCCUUCAGAUCCCUCAGGAUCUGUUACAGGAGCCGGUAGUCCUGGUCCAAAAAGUCAAGGUCCUCAUUCCUCACCUGACGUGCUGCCUUCGGGCUCGGACCCUGCAGACGAUGGCUCUCAUCAGGAGACGUAGAUGUUUGAAGUCCUCUGUGAAAUGCUCAGCAGAGGUCUCCCCUGAGUGAUCUAUACCAUGCAGCCAGGCUGGGAGCAGUGCAGAGGUGCAGAUUGGCCAAAUUUAACUCGAGCAUAGUUUUUAAUUUUUAUGGGCAGAAACUGGAAAGGUUUGUUUUUUUUUAAUGAGAGUUUUAGUCCACGAUGGAAGUGUGAAAACCACACAGCUACUCUCUCAGGAAGAGUUUCCCACCUUCUGCGGGAAUACCGUUUAUUCCCACAGCUUCCGUCCUCCGUGUUUCUCCGCAGAAAGACUGCUUUGACCGCCUCGUUUGUCCUUUCUGUCUCUAACGGCAGCCCCUCCUUCAUCGGACCCCUCCCAUUUCCCCUCCAUGCUAAAGACACUGCAAAAGCCACGGCCAUUGUAUUUACGUUAUUUAUUUUAUCACAGGACUGUGUAGUAAUUUAUACUGUAAAUAAUGAAAAUACUCUAUAAAUACACAGCGGACAAAUGUGUGAAGACUCUGCAGAGACGAGGCGAAGACAAAGCAGGAAAGAUGAAGAUUAUUAAUAUAUGAAGAUCCUUCUAUUGUACAUAAAACAAGACGGUUAUAAAUCGAAUGUCUGCUGUUUUAGGGAACAUGAAGAUGUCCAUGUGUUUUUAUUUUGUGUAAUAGAGUUUCUCCACUUUGACCCUGAAAGCGGUCGGGGUUUGAUCCCUCCGCGGGGGGGCGGAUGUAUUCGGGGUCCGGGGCGACUCCUUAGAGGGACCGACCCGAGUCGAGCACAGAGAGCAAUCGUCCAGGUGGCUGCGAGCUGAAGGCUUCAGCUCACUGUCCAAGCUAAUCAGUCUGAAUGGCCACUAAUCCUCCAGCAUCCUAAUAAUAACACACACACACACACACACACACACACACACACACACACACACACACACACACACACACACACACACACACACACACACACACACACACACACACAGAGCCCCCUUAUGGUGUAGCAUCAUGUAUUCUGUGUCUUGGACUCCAUUCCUGUUGCACCUAAAUUGCCUCUUGCAAGAAUUUGCACAUAAAAUAAAUCCACAGUCCAUCCUGAGCCGCCACAUUCAUGUUUACUGAUCUGACUGUGCAGACCCCCCCCCCCUGCAUUCGCUGCACACCUUUAGUUUGAACAGGUGCACGUCUGUGUGCAGGUUUGUUCCCUUUGUGUGACUGACUGUGCCACUUUUCGACCUUUGCUCAGAUUCCAGACGAUAAAAAAGAAGAAGCCAAAAAUCCGCUGCAGCCAUAAAGCUGCCAACGUGUGUUUGAUGGUUUUAAGGUUUUAAACGUAGUUUCACGAUGGAGGGCAGAGGGGGUUCUGCUUACCCUGUGCACUUCUUUAAGUGAUGUGUAGUGAUGAUGCUCCCGGAGGCCAGCCUGUAAUCCAGACUUUACUGGUUAAGUUACAGUCAGCUGAUUCAGAGGCUCAAAAUAAUCCUUCUUUAUCUUAUAUGCAGCCCCUCAGUCUGAAACAAGUCGUUCUAGCUCCUCCCCCUUUUAGUUCUGACAUAAAGCUGCACUGGGCACUCACUCCUGUCCCAUCGCGCUGUAAACAUGAAUAUUUCUGAUCUCGGGCCAAAUUAAACUGACAAAGCGGGUUCAUUAACAGAUUAUUGGCUCAUUUAUUCAGAAGCAGACGUUCAGUGCCUGAACUGUGAAUGAGGAAGGGCUGCAGAGAUGAGUCUGAGCACAGGACUUGAACCUGUCCUGCUGCUGCCUGCAAGUUUUUGCUGCUUUUUUAUUCGUGUGUGUUGUUAUUGUGUUACCUGUCUGACGGUCCUCCUAUAAAUAGCUGAGCAAACGUCCAGCACUGCAGGAGCCAAGGUUAUGCCCUUGGAGCCCCAGACAAACCGCCGCUUUCUUGGCUUCGUGUCUGAGCCGCUGUCGUCGCAGCCCAGUGUACUCAUCUUUGUUGUCAUAGCAACAGCAUGCCCGAGGAGGGUAUCUUCGAAUGAGCUCGUGAGCUCUGGAGUCGGUCUCGGCUUUAUGGGCGAAUUAACGCCGCAUCACGACGUGCGGGGAAAACCGAAGCUCCGCCUGAAAUACCGAUGAGAGCACAGAUUAUUUAAAGGUCGAACUUCUCCAAGAACAUCUUCACCUUAAUCCAGGUGUUUGUGUGCAGGUGAACCUGCUUCACAAUGCAGCGCCCCGGAUACUCAGAGGGAGUCUUUGCCUUUCUCAGUAUGCUUCUAAUCACUUUUGUUUCUUUAAACCGGAGCGUGUUCGGGAUCCAGAGUGUUUUUGUGCGCUCCGUCAGAGUUAAUGUGAAGUUUUAUGGUGACUGAGAUGUCUCUGAAUGCAGCUUAAAGAUGCCCUCUGACCUUUCCUCUCUGUUUCCACCCAUGACAAAGACGUAAAAAUGAGUUUUAGUUUAUUUGGGAACAAAAUACUCAAACCACCAGAGCUGUUUAUGGAAUUUAUGGAUACAAGUUUGACUCUUAUUUCUGCUGAAUUGAAGUUUUCCAGAAUCAGCUGGAGGGAAAUUCAGGGAUUCUAUGUUGUACCAAACUUUUAUAGUUGGAUAUCUGUGAGACCGAUCGCACUGGAGAAACUCAGAAACCCCUCACAGGUCAGAAUAAGACCGUUAAAGAUGAUGUACUUACGAGAGCUCGAGUGGUAACAGUUGGUGUUUCUCAGUAAGCAGGACCUGGUUGGGUUUUUGUGCCUGAUGAAGUGGAAGCAGGAGGAACACGUGAAGCUCCGCGUUCACGUUCCAGAUUACAGGAAUGUUUAGAAGUGCUCAAAUCAGAAAAUCAAGUGUUACAAUCAAAGUAAAUGCAACAGUUCACCUUUGACCUCAGCGCGUUUCUGCGUUCAGACCCUCAGCAGGCAGGAAACCCACUGAAACCCAGACUGAAGUGGGACAUUCAGCACAGAGGGAACAAACCUUUGAGUCAGGACGAAGAAAAGCGAGUCAAACCGUGUUCAUUUGUUCAGCUUUUUCUCCUGAGUGCUUGUUAAUGUAUGAAAUAUGCAUUCUUCAUUGAUCACACACACUCACACACACACUCACACACUUAUGCCUGCUGUGGUGGAAGUUAAAGCAGCUGAAUGACGUCACUGUUUGUAAAUGGAGACCUGUUAU